AUGCUGGGAGUCGAGGAGGAGGCGGCGGGAUGCGGAGCCGGGCGGGUGUGUGUGUGCGGGGCAGCACGGCGAGGCGAGGAGAGACGCGGGCUGGAGCUGAGGGCGGCGGCGGGCGGGAGGGAGGCGGCGGGAGGCCUCGCCCCGCCUCGCCGCUCUCACUGGGCUGCCGGCCCAGCAGUCACCGCCGCCCGGCCCGGAAGAGGGAAAAAUGGCGACGCGGGGGGCCCGGGCGCGGCCGCCGCCGCUGCCGCCUCCUCAGGGAAGGGGGUGAGGAGCGGCGGGGCGGCCACCCCCGGUCCCCCCCGUCCCCCUCCAUCUGCAGGGGCCGGGAAGCAGGCGGCGGGACCCGGCCCGGGGCGGGCGGGAGCGGCGCCGGACCCGCCAUGGCAGCGGCCGCCUCCCCUCACGGCCGCCGGGCCGGGAACGACCGACCCGUCCCUGGUCUCCGCCGCUUCAGCAGCCUCCCCUCCACCCUGGAAACACGGCAUUCUCCUUCACCCGUGGAGGGGGUGCCCCGUUCCUUGCCUUGCCCGUGGUGGGAGAGCACCAGGCGGCACCUCGGUUAGCCCAGGGGGGCUGGAGCCAGCCUGCGGCUUCCUACCCGCCGGCUCCCGCUCGGAGAGCGUGAAAGUCACUGCCCGAGUGCCGUGUCGGCCCGUGCCGACAGACAAGACUGCCUGGGCGUCCACUCGAGGUCUUCGCCUUCCCGUAAUUAUUACUGUAUCUUCCACACAAAUAAAAGCAUCAAAGAAACGCGUACCGGCACUGCUGCCGUGGGUCUGCCCGCUGCCGAGCUGGCCCCUCUGCUCCCCUUCCCGCUGCGCCGUGGCCGGGGACUCCGGGCUCUGCUGGGUUAGCGCGGGAUACCGGGGCUGCCUGCGCACAAGGCCCAAAGGGACACUGCCAGCCAUCACGCGCCGCAGUUCCACGGCACGCUGCUUCAUCGUUUGUAUUAAUUAGGACCACCGGAUGAGACCUCGAAGAGUUCUUAAUUGUUAUAGUCAUGGUGACACGUUAUUUAGGGAAAUUUAUAUUCAGCACCUGUCUUCCACUUGCCUCUGGUACUCCAAAUACUACCUUAUAUAUAUUUUAUUAUACAUUCUGAUAGCAACUUCACAGAAAAUGGAAAAUAAUUACGGUGAUAAACAGCGAGAGCUGAAACUUUAACACCUACCAGCUAAGAUGAAAGAAAGGUGUUUGUUCUGCUCUUGGCAAAAAGAGGGGGGGGGGUAUGUCUGAAAUGAUUUUUCCAAACAAAAUAAGCCUUCCUGUUUCAAAUUAUCAGGUGUUUUUUCUAACCACAGACAUGAUUUUUAAAAAAGCCUGUUGAAUUAAAAAGUCUAUUGAAUUAAGUCACCUGUAUUCGUUUUAUUGAUUUUCCAACAGUAAGAGGAAACAGAACUAUUUUGAGGACGACGUGCCUUAUUUUGAUAUUACUUAUGAUACUUAUCUGAAUCUUUGGGACGGUCAUGAGAUUUAUGUAUGUUUUG